AUGUCUAACAACUCUGAGCCAAUUAAAGAGGCUUUUGCUCAGCUUGAUGCGCUUCUUGAGCCAAAACCAGCUCAAAAUGAUAUUCGGCGUCGUGGGAGACCUCCCAAGAAAGAAAAUGUGACCUCUAAACAGAUACAAAAAGUUCUGCAGGACAUUGUCACUCGACUCAAAGAUGAGUUGGCCAAACCGAAAUACAUUUAUAACGUUACUCCCGAUGUAAUACAACAUAACGUUCUUUCUUUGGAAAGUUUAUUAAAGAAAUAUAAUCACCUUAAAAUUGUGACGAAGAAGGUUAUGGAUAUCAUAAACUUUGUAAUUGGCAUUAUUGUUGAUAGUAAGAUAUUCGAGAAACAACCGGAAAAGAAUUGGGAAAAAUUAAUUCUGAAUAUAUUGGGAUUGAUUGAGACUACAAUCAUAGACAUGACUAUUGAUCGAGAAACUAUGGGAAAAAUAUUUCUGAAACUAUUCACAGAAGUGUUAUUAAAGUCAACAUUAAAUGUUGAAAUCCGUAGAAUGACUUCAGAUUUGAUCAAUACUCUCCUGACUGGUUGUAAAGAAAAUAAAAAAUUUCUAAGUCAUGGAAAAAUGCUUGAUAUAUAUACACUUGCCUUAUCUAUGAAAUCAGCUGGAGAUUACGAGCUUCAAUUUCGUCAUCUCGAAAUACUAUUUCGUUUGUCCCCUAGAAUACAAGAAGAUCGCGAAAUAUUUGCAAAUAAAGCAUUCAAGGGUAAUUUUCAAUUGACCGAUCUUUUUCUGGGAAUAACUGCCGAUGAUUUUGUGCAGGAUACUCGUAAUUUUCUUAAUGCGCUCAAUUAUGGAAACGAUGGCUGGUCCAAAGCACCAAAGACAAUCAAGGUUACGAGAAUACAAUACAGUCAAUUAGAAUUUGGUCGGCCAGACAGACAAGAUUGUUUUUUCGUCGAUUUCAAUAAAUGGACAAUUUCUAUGACAGUUCAAACAUCAAAUAUGAAUGUGGAGACAGAAGAUGAGGGGUAUGACAUCAUUGACAUAAAUUAUCAAAAAAUCAAUAGCUGGGAGACCGUAUUCGAGUCUUAUUGUCAAAUUCUUAAAAUAUAUUUAACGGAAUCUAUUAAAAUUGGCGAGAGUGAUGAAAUGCUCACAGAACACACUAAUAAUAAUGGCGAGUUUAUAAUAUCUAUGACAAUUGCUUCCUCAGAAGGCAAUGUCAAAGAUAGUCUAACUAAGAUUUUCUCAAGUCAUAAAGUGAGUUAUCACGUGCAACCAAAAGUAUCAGUUUCUGUAAACGUGUUACAUCCUCCGCACGCUUCAAUCGACAAUGCAGCUUUGGCACUCGCCACUCUAAGUAGUUCACUUGAAGCAUCACAAACUCCUAUGGUUCAAUGUCCAACUCGUAAACUAAGAAAAAAUGAAAAUAAACUUGAGCCUCACGCUGGCACAUCUCAAGCAGCACAACGAAGUAAUCCGGAGAGUGAUUCACAUGCAUCCAGUUCACCUAGGCCGUUACAGGAGUCAAGUUUAAAUUUCAUUAACAAUUCGCCUUCACGUAAUGACUCAUUACCAUUUAUGAAUGUUGAGUCGGAUGCCGAAACACAUUUUCCUGCCAAAAAACGUACGAAGCCGUUAAAUCUGUCUGCUUCGAAGAAACGACAAAGAAUCGACGAUAUAAAUUCUGUGAAUAUUAAUAAUGGGAAAGAAUUCAAUAGGAAUACAACCAUCAAUAAUCCUGCAAACAAAGAACUGCAAAAUAACAAUUCGCAAAAUCAUGAUGUUGAGCUUAACAGAACAAAAAAUAUAGGAAAUAAGGCAGGAAAAUCAGAUAAUCGUGGAAAUAUGCAAACUCGUGAUAUUCUCAAUUUCGAAGUUAGAGAUGAAGCUGAAGAUAUAAUCGACAUCCAACCAAUUCGACGAACUUCAAAAAUUAAUGAUAGAUUGCAAAUAGAGCAAUCAAGAUCAACUAAAAAAUUUGAAAACCCUAUUCCAGUUAAUUUCGAUGAAGCACAAAAUCAGUUUCAUCCAACAAUAAAUAAUCUACCAAUUAAUAAUAAUGAAAGGCAACAAUUUGCUCGUAAAUAUACAACAUUAACAUCCUCCCGGGUUCAGGCUGCAGUUUCAAACAUAGACUCGUAUGGAAAUCCUCCAGAUUAUAGGCAAAAUAAUGUGGGCAAAGAUAUCCGUAAUAAUAAAGCAACUGUAAAGCACACUCAAAAACAACCUAUAGGAAAAGAAGUUACCGAUGAGGGAAGCCCAAUAGUAAACUCUAAUAACAAUCCGUUUAAUCUUCCAAUUCAAUUCGAAAACGAUAACUCUUCCAUAUCUACGAUUCAUGAAGAUGAAGAUAAUUCAGGCUUAAAUUUAUCAAAAUCAUAUUAUAACUGGAAAAAAACUAAUGAUGAUAAACAACGACAAAUAAGAAAGCAAGUUUCUUUUCUUGAGCGAUUAAGUGCAAUAUCUACGAAUGAAAAUAGUGAUCAAACUUCAAAUAAUGUUGGUGAUGUUUCAAAUAAAUUAAUGAACUAUGAAGAAGUUCAAAUGGAUAAAUAUGGCAAUAAAUAUACCAAUGACGAUUUCCAGAUAGGAGCUGAAGAGAAAAAUGAAGCAGAGAGUUUUACAGAUGAUAAAUUAGAUCAAGAAAUAAGAUCACUAUUACAAAGGGUUGGCGAGACAAUAUUUCGAAAUUACCAGCGGCAGGAUGCUACUCUUUUUCAAGCCUCGCAAAAUGCUCUCUUACAGAAUGAAACUGAAGUAUUUCAUGGCGUAGAUCGACAAAUAGAACGCAAGAAAGAAUUCCUUGACACAUAUAAAGAGCACUACGCUUCAAUAUUAUCAGACUCGCAAGAAACUGUAGAGCAAUUAAAAGAGUCUCGUAAUGAGCUGGCAAAUUUGGACUCGACUGUCCUAAUAGAUAUGGAGAAACCAGCAACGUUGGAUGUGGAAGAGGUAGAGAAUAAUACCUAA